GCAGCACAAGCACACCUGCUAUUGCGUAAUCUAUUUUUCACUUUGCUCCUUAUUUUUGUCAUUCGCUUUCUGUUUCUUUAUUGUAUUCUCAACUUAUAACUUUCAAUCUCCAUUAACUAUGGAUCGUGUACUACCGUCACUCGUUACUGAUCUCUUGAAGCACUUGGGUUCAUUCGCAGCCCAGGAGCUACAGUUGCUUGUUGGAGUUGAUGAUGAACUCCAAAAUCUUCAAUACAAUUUGAAAAUGGUCCAGGCGAUGCUCAACAAGUUCGAGGAAAGACGACUGAGGGCUGACGCUGUGAAGCUUUGGUAUGAUAAGCUCGAAGAUGCAUACUACAUGAUGGAUGACGUGUUGGACACCUGGAAAACUGCAAAGAUCAAAUUACAAAUUCAGAAAGAAGAAGAAGAAGAAGAAAAAGCUGCUCAUAGUAACGCUCCUACCCCCCUUGAGAAAAAAAUGAAGAAGGUAUGGUCCUUCUUCCCCUCUCCAUCAUGUUGCUUUCGUCAAGUUGACAAUGUUUCUGUUCGUCAUGAGGUUGGUCACAAGAUAAAAAAACUGAAUGAAACAUUAGCUAAUAUUCUCAAAGGCAAACAGGAGUUUGGGAUUGACUUGAAUAGUCAACCUGAAAGAGUUGAAAGACUAGAAAUUACGUCCAUUGUGGAUGUUUCUAAAAUAGUUGGCCGUAACGAGUACAAGGAUGAUCCACUGAACAACCUAUUAGGCGUGGGUAGUCAACAAGAAAGCAAUCCUCUUGUCAUCUCCUUGGUGGGUAUAGGCGGUAUAGGAAAAUCAACUCUUGCCAAACUCGCCUAUAAUCAUCCAAAAGUAAUAGCUCAUUUUGAUAAAAUAAUGUGGGUUAGUGUUUCUGACCCUUUCAAUGAGUGCAACGUUGCCAAAGCACUCAUCCAAGAGCUUGACCCUAAACAUGAAUCCCUCAAAAAUACCACUACUAUAUUGCAACCUCUAUUGCGUAUAGUUUGUGAUUUGAUUAAGGACAAAAAGUUCUUUCUUGUCUUUGAUGAUGUGUGGGCUAAAGACAUCCCCAAAGAGUCUGAAAAGUGGGAGCCUUUCAAAAAUGCUCUCACACAUGGUGUCCAAGGUAGUAGAAUUCUAGUCACCACACGUAAUGAGGAAGUUGCGCACAUGAUGGGGAGCACCAAAACCCACAUAAUCAACUUAGGGAAUUUAACUAUUGAUGAUUGUUGGUUGAUUAUUAGGAAAAUAGCAUUUUUUGAUGAAAAUAUAGAUCAACAUAAGGAUCUUGAACCCCUAGGUAGACAACUAGCAGGUAAAUGCCAAGGCUUGCCGCUUGCUGCAAAGCUUAUAGGGGGUUACAUGUGCAACAAGAGAAGAAAAGAACAGUGGGCAGAAGUUUUGGAAAGUAGUUUGUGGGAUUUAGAAAAUGUUCAAGAAGGUCUUUUGGUACCAUUGUUGUUGAGUUAUCAUGAAUUGUCCUCAGCAGAAAAACAAUGCUUCUUAUUUUGUGUUGUCUUCCCAAAAGAUCAUGUCAUUGAUAGAUUUGAGUUAGUCAUUCAUUGGAUAGCACAAGGAUAUAUUGACUCAAAACGAAAUAUGGAGAUGGAAGAUAUAGCGGAAAAGUACUUUAAAAAAUUAGCCAUGCGCUCUUUUUUCCAAGAUUUUGAGGAGGAUAAAAUUGAUGGUAGAAUUAAAAGUUGUAAAAUGCAUGAUAUUGUGCAUGACUUUGCACAAAAAAUGACAGAAGAUGUAUGCUUCACAAUUAAAGGUGAUGAAGAGGUUGAGGAAGACUUUAAGAGGGCUCGCCAGUUGUCAUUAAUGGUUGAAGAAACAUUUCUUGAGUUUGUUUAUGAAGCAAAAAAUCUACGCUUUCUCUAUUUAUAUUUUAUGUCUUCUCAAAUUGUCCAAUCCAAGUUAUUCAACCAUUUGACAUGCCUACGUACAUUACAUUUGAAAGGUCGGUACAUUUUGGAACUUUCAAAUGAGGUGGAAAAAUUGAUACAUUUAAGAUACCUCAAGUUAUCUGACUUAACGAUAGAAAAAUUGCCUGAAAGUAUAUGUAAUUUAUGUAAUUUACAAAGUUUGGAUGUUAGUGAGUGUUGGGGUCUUAAGAAAUUACCCCAAGGGAUAGGUAAACUAAUUAAUUUAAGACACCUCCUGCUGGAGUAUGAAUGGUAUGAUGAAAUUAGAAUAAAAUCAUUUCCAAAGGGAAUUGGGAGAUUAACUUAUCUUAAAACAUUACAAUACUUUCCUGUAGGUAAGGGUGAAGAAAUAUGUAAACUGGGAGAAUUAGAACAUUUGAACCACAUUCAAGGGAAACUUAAAAUAGUAGGAUUGAGUAAUGUGGUAGAUUUUGGUGCGAUUGAGAAUACAUUGAAGAAGAAGAAGGAACUCCGUUACUUGGGUAUAUUUUUUAACACAUUAGAGGAAAUGAAAGAUGAAAUUGAGAAGGAAGAGGAAGAGGAGACAGAGGAAGAAAGAAGAAGAAGAAAAAUGGAGAAAGAUGUAGCCAUUCUAAAUGCCUUAGAGCCACCUCCCCGCUUGGAAUCUUUAGAAAUUGAUUUUUAUAAGGGCACCACAAUGUAUCCUAAUUGGAUGAUGUCCAAAUUGACCUAUUUGAAAAGGCUUAUUAUCAGAGAGUGCCCAAACCUAGAGCAGUUGCCUCCUUUGGGGAAGCUGUCGUUGCUCGAAGAAAUGGUAAUAGGGAAUGCUCCAAUGAUUCGAAAGGUGGGAGAUGAAUUUUUGGGAAUAGACAUAGAAGAAGAAGAAUUAUCAGAAUCAUCCAAAAACAAUAACAACAAAGAGGAAGACAUCAUCAUAUUAUUCCCGAACCUUAAAUCUCUCAGAUUUGACUUUUUCGAUGAGUGGGAAGAAUGGAGUGGGAUGGGAGGAACAAUAGAAGAAGAAGAAGAAAAAGAUAAUAGUGAUAAUGCUUUUGUUACUAAUAAUACUCCAAAAAUUAAAAUAAUGCCACUUCUUCAUUCCUUGGAAAUUGGGAUGUGCGGCAAUCUAAAGUCUCUGCCAGACUACUUGCGUAAUACUCCAUUGAAGGAAUUAGAGAUCUGGGGAUGUCCAAUUCUCGAGCAGCGUUGCGAAAGAUGGAUAAGAGAUUACUGGCCCAACAUUUCUCACAUUCCAAACAUCAAAAUUGAUUAUGAAUAUGUGCAAAAAGACGGUCAACUUCCAGAGAGCAUUGAUUUAGAGUAUGCAGAAGAGUUGCAGUUCCAAGAGGUUCUUAUGGGCUCUGUGAUCACUUCCAAAUUGGCCAACAAUGAAGCCUUAACCUUAUUGCCAUUACUGUCAUCGCCAAAGCCAACAAUACAAGCAAUUCUUCCAACCCUGGAACCAGAGCCAGCAAAAGAAGCUGGAGAAUCAUCAUAUAGCUUCUGUGAGAUUUGUGUGGAAAGGAAAGAUAGCUACCAGAUGUUCAAAACUGAGAGUUGUGUUCACUCAUUUUGCUCUGAUUGCAUUGGCAAACAUGUUGCCGCAAAGAUCCAAGAAAGCAUAACCGUUGUUACUUGCCCUGGAUUGGACUGCAAGGGUGUCAUAGAACUCGAUGCUUGCAGGGCAGUGCUUCCGAAAGACGAGUUGGACAGGUGGGACGAGGCUCUAUGCUUCCGAAACACUGAUGAUGUGGUUGAGGUGGACAAGAUUGAGGACAGUAAUCACGAGGAAGACGAUGGGGCUGGGUUUGAGGCGGAUGAACAAGUGGAAGUAAACAUUGAUGAAGGGAAUUUUUAAAUCUGGACAGUACAGGGCAGUUGACAUGCACAGAAGAAGACAGAUACAUUAUGAUGAGACUGGGUAGCAAGAGCAUUGUGUUGAAGAAGACAAUGAAUGAGGAGGCAUGCAUGUGGAUUGAUGAUGAUCAAGACAAUGAAUCCGGGCAAGAAAUCAAUGACAAAGAUUUUGAGGUUGAGGUAUACAAGAUUGAGGCCAAUAGUGAUGAAGAAGAUGGGACUAAGCAUGAGGACUUAUCAAAAAAGAAGAUUGGACUAAGUAUAAUGUGGAUGGAGAAGUGGAAGUAGACAAGAUUUAGCGAGUUGACCAGUACAGAACGAUUGACAUACACAAAAGUAGACAGAUACAUAUUAUGAGCUUGGGUAGUAAGGGCAAGGUGUUGAAGAGGACAGAGGCUUUAAAAAUGAAGGAUGAGGAAAUUAAGAGGUGUAGGCUUGCAGUUGCAGCGGUAGGAAUACUGAAGACAAUUGACAAUGACAUUCCAGUACUCCUCAAGGCAUACACAACUCUAAAAUCUGAUGCUCAUGCAUAUCUCCUGAUACAGAACCAUGAUUUGAUAUUGAGCCUCUUAUAUUGGAUGUCAUCCUCUUCCUAGUGUGAGAUAUAAAUUAUCCUUUGGUUGCAACACUACUGUUCGAAGUCUCAAGAAAUACAACAUGCUACCCAUGUUCAAACAUAAUGUAUUAAGAAUGGUACCUGUGUUGUCAAGUUAAUGGGCUACUACAGUGAUCAAAGACAAGUCCUCUGGAUUUUACAAAUAGCAAAAGACUAGGAGAUUAACACAAACCGCUUGCAAUGGAUGAGGAAGAAAGAUCAAGAUCAAUCUCAAAGAGAAACCCAUCUGGGGGGUCACAGUCACAGAUUAACACUACUAGUCAUGGAUUUUGGGUAUCAAUAAGAUGAGAACCAGAGUUUUUAAUAACAACGGUGAUAGAAGAGAAAUUUAAAAGCCUCUAUUCUUGUGGAUGUUUAAGGUGGUUUGGCUCUCUCUUUUUUGCUUCAUUUCUCCACCCUUGUCUCAGAAUCAAAACAAUUAAACCCCCCUGCCAUAUACAUCUCCAAACUCUUCGGGGAAGGUUUUGGUGUUUGGGAGUGGCAUUUUCUGGGUGGUGAUUUGACAUUUACAAGCCAGCCUACUAUAAAGCAGCAAGCAGAUUGUUCGAAACUAGUCCAAAAGUAUUGAGAAAAGAUGUGUUGGCCAAGGAUGAAGCAGAAAGUCAGAAACCUCGUUGACUAUUAAUGUUUGAAAGUUGUUGAGUUAUAUACUUGCUCGGAGGUGACCACUAGGAGAGAAGAAGAAAUCACAAAUACCUUGGAUACUCUUCUAUAGUAAGAAGGCUGUGUGUACUAAAAGGCUGUUAACCCUUCCAAGAUGCAGAAAGAAGUUUAACCUGGAAUGCUGGUUCUUUAGCGGUCCAUCUAGUUUGAUAACUACAAAAGGCAACUAGAACGUAUUUCUCGAUAUGGAAGAGUGCAAAGCAUUGGAGGCAACUGCCAUUAGGGAUGAAGAUAUCAUGAAUACUUGGCUUCUUUAAUUGGAUUAGCACAAGAAACAAUUCCCACUUUACAAGGGAGCUCUGAGGGCCAGCACUUGGAUUUAUGAGCAAGGAUUCUGAACUGCCAAGGAAGUAUGUGUUCCCUUUGUACAUUUUAAUGUUGCCCAAAUUUGUCCUUCAGAUCACUUACAAGGCUCACUAAGCUAGUAGCAGAACCAGUGUUCGAAGUAAUAUGCAUGAAGAAUGGUGUUGAAUGCAACAGUGAAGAGUAUUAUAGUGAUGAUGAUCUGAAAGAUGGCUUCCAAUUUUAUUCUUAAUAGCCUUAUGUUUACAUUGAAGCCCAAGUGUCCAUACUAUUUCUGGAGUUUGUGCACCGUCUGCUAUAACCUCUGGGUGCUAAUACUGCGUACUUAAUGUAGCAUAGGACACCACAGUGAUGUCCUGCCAAAGUCAACAAUAUCAGUUGGAGCAUCUAAUUCAUUUUUUGGCCUAUUGGGAACCAUGCUUUCUGAGCUUCUAACUGGACAAUCUAUGCAAAUAAGUGUGCAGCACUUAUAAGUUGUAACUCUGAAGCUCAUUAUUGCCAUAAAUUUGUCCCUUGGAUUUCUUCCUCGUGUGGUCGAUUCUGCUCAUAUUGGAGGAUUCCUGUCAGGAUUUCUCCUUGGCUUCGUUCUUUAGGUCUGCAAAUCUUCAUGCUUCAUCAUAAGAAAUAAAGCAGAAAUCCUGGCACAAGUGCUAUCGAUACCUGUUAUAGGAUUACAGCUUUAGACCUUUAGUGUCUUAAUUCGAGGAUAUGCAUAAGGAUGUAUUGAGCUUAUUAACGGUCAGAAGCCGUAUAGCCAUGCAAUCUGCCUUUCUGGAGCAUCAAGCACCUGAAUGAUUGUGUCAGUCUAUUUGCCUACCUUCAAGCUUUGCAAGUAUAACAAAAUGACUUUUUUAUGGAUGCACAUACCACUGUUUUCAAGUGUAAGGCAAGCAGGGACUUGCGUACUGUGAUAAAGGAUCUUGGUAGUAUACACCUCCCAUUGCCAACUUUUAAAGCUGGCCAGCUUGCAGAUUGUGCAGCCACUUCUUUCAUACUCAUGGCCUGGAUACCUUACCAUCAGUAUUGCACAACUGCAUUGUACAAACACUAGGGGUUGUACAUUUUUAUUUACAUUAUUAUGCCAUUCUCAUAAUACUUUUAAAGUAUUUUUCAUGUGUAUUAUUAUAAAUCAAUCCAACAAUCCCUCAUAUUUAAUUCUCCCAAAUGGGGAAUUUGAAGAGGUAGGGGAGGGGAUGGAAGCCAUUUGUAUUGAAAAAUUUUUAAUUGUCAAUCUCACUCUUAUGAUAUUAGUUUAUAUUUAUUUCUUUGAA